AUGGAAGAAGGAUUUAACGUGGUACCAGAUGUUAGAAGGAGGCAGGAUAUGAGAAGCGCAACACCCAUUCCUUUUGUGGACGCCAUGGAAGCUAACAUAAAUAAAUUCUCACUUCACUGGUUGCGUGUAUAUACACAAGGGGCUAGUGGAGCCCCAGCACAGACCAGUAAAUCACAGUCCGUCUCUCUUCGCGACCUACCCUCAAUUCAACUGUCAAAAGUCCAGACUCUCUCUCUCUCACCACCCGCCUCUCCCUCUUCCUCCGACAGUCACACUACUCUUCCUCUUGCUGUGCCGCGGCUGUGGAAGUCAGGAGUUAAGCAAGGACAGCCAAGGGAAGACAGAGAGGAGUCGGUGUCUCUAAAAGUACCAAAAUUCAAGAAACAUAAUCUG